GGCCACACAUACACGUCACAGGGGAAACAGAAAAUGCUAGCCAAUCUUUAAUACCUGCUUCUAUUUAUUCCCUCUUGUUUCAGUUUUUUUCACGCUUAUUCGCAUUCUGAGUGCAACUUCCUCUUCUCGAUAAGCGACUGUUCCGUAGUCCGCCAGCCCUGCAGCCUGUAGAGCACUGACACUGUCACAGCCUGAACUUCCCGUCAAGGCACAGACACAGAAACGAGCUGCUGACAAAAAGGGGAACGACAUCGGGGCUUGACAAGAGCAGAGGGCUCACUCCGGUCCAGACUGCAGGCGGUCAGCCGCGUUGGUGAGCUGGGGAAAGCAAAGAAACCCUUUGGGGUUGUGCUAAUUAGCCUCCGUGUUGCCCGUGCAGGCAGCAGCCCGGCUAGCACCACCAGCAGUGGCUUUACAGGGUGUGUGCCACGCUAAGGGACCUGGUUUAGCUUCAUCUGGGACAGCUAUCUAGCGAACACAUGUCACGGAUACGCAUGGGAGCCUUUUGUGGAUAGUCAUCCGUCCCUCCCUGUACCCCCCGCUGGACCCUGGCCCUCGGGCGCUGUCCUGACCGGGGGGUCCAGCUAAAGCGGCUCUGACCCCGCUCUGCCUCGCCUCGGGUCGCCCUGGACGUGAUCAUGGCAGGGAACCUGAAGAAAGGCGGAGGGAUCAUCGGUAUGAUGAAAGAUGCCUUCCAGCCACACCACCACCAUCUCCACUCCCAUCACCAGCCGGGGGCCGUGGACAAAAAGACGGUGGAAAAAUGCUGGAAACUGAUGGACAAGGUGGUACGUCUUUGCCAAAACCCCAAGCUGGCUCUGAAGAACAGCCCUCCCUACAUCUUAGACCUGCUCCCAGAUACCUACCAGCACCUGCGCACCAUCUUGUCACGCUAUGAGGGCAAAAUGGAGACUUUGGGGGACAAUGAGUACUUCCGUGUUUUUAUGGAGAACCUCACCAAGAAGACCAAACAGACCAUCAGCCUGUUCAAGGAGGGCAAAGAGCGCAUGUAUGAAGAGAAUUCCCAGCCCAGGCGUAACCUGACGAAGCUGUCCCUGAUCUUCAGCCAUAUGCUGGCCGAGUUGAAGGCCAUCUUCCCCAACGGCCUGUUUCAGGGAGAUAACUUCCGCAUCACCAAGGCCGAUGCUGCAGAGUUUUGGAGGCGUGCCUUUGGGGACAAGACCAUUGUGCCUUGGAAGGUGUUUCGUCAAUCUCUGCACGAGUUUCAUCCCAUCAGUUCGGGGUUGGAAGCCAUGGCUCUCAAGUCCACCAUAGACCUCACCUGUAACGACUACAUUUCAGUGUUUGAGUUUGAUAUUUUCACCAGGCUAUUCCAGCCCUGGUCAUCGCUGCUGCGGAACUGGAACAGCUUGGCAGUUACUCAUCCUGGAUACAUGGCCUUUCUUACGUACGAUGAGGUCAAAGCACGUUUACAGAAAUUCAUUCACAAACCUGGCAGUUACAUUUUUCGCCUGAGCUGUACACGGUUGGGCCAAUGGGCCAUUGGUUAUGUGACUGCAGAUGGAAACAUCCUCCAAACCAUACCCCAUAACAAACCCCUUUUCCAGGCUCUCAUUGAUGGCUUUCGUGAAGGAUUUUAUUUAUAUCCUGAUGGACGCACACAAAACCCUGACCUGACUGGACUGUGUGAACCUUCUCCUCAAGAUCACAUAAAAGUCACUCAGGAGCAGUAUGAGCUGUACUGUGAGAUGGGCUCUACAUUUCAGCUGUGUAAGAUUUGUGCAGAGAAUGACAAGGACGUGAAGAUCGAGCCCUGCGGUCAUCUCAUGUGCACAUCAUGUCUCACUGCCUGGCAGGAAUCAGAAGGUCAGGGAACGGGCUGUCCAUUCUGUCGCUGUGAGAUUAAAGGUACUGAGCCUAUUGUGGUGGACCCGUUCGACCCCAAAGACAACAGCGGGGUUUGUGGAAGAGGAACGUAUGGUGCAGAAGGCGCUCCCUCUCCAAGUUAUGAUGAUGACGAUGACGACAGACUUGAAGAUCCACAUCUCAUGAUGAGUAAACUCGCUUGUAGCAAGGUAGAGCGUCCCCCUUCACCCAUGUCUGUAGCCCCACAGUCAUCUCUACCCCCAGUACCACCCAGACUAGACUUACUACCACCUCGACCAUCCAAUUCUUCUGGAACCUCUAGUCCAGGGGUGACCAGCAAGGCAGCAUCUCUCCACAAAGACAAACCCCUCCCACUGCCUCCAGCCCUCAGAGAUCUGCCUCCGCCCCCUCCCCCAGACCGCCCACACACCAGUGGGACAGCUGCUGAUGUGCGCUUACAGAGGCGGCCCUUACCUUGCACUCCAGGGGAAGCUCCUCGAGAUAAGCUCCCUCCCACUCCUCCGAACCGACCGCUGGCGGAGUGGAACACACGGCCGGUUCCCAAAGCUCCCACCUCCUCCGCGUCCCCCUCCUCUUCGUCCACUCCAGGCUCUAGUCUUGGGGGAGACUUACGAGCAGGUGUCCGGGAGCUCUCUAACAGACACUCCCUACCACUGGCACUGCCCUCCUCUCUGGAUACACGCUCCGACUCGCCCAAAAACAACAGCUCACCCUGUUUAGACCACCAGCUGAAUUUAGCUGCCAUUGUUGGUCAAGAUUACGACAACCCCAAAGUCAAGCCCUCAGCUUCAGCCAAUGCCAUUUACUCUCUGGCCAGCAGGCCCUCUCCAGUGCUCAGGCCUUUAAGUGCUGAUGAGACACGGGACAACGGAGAAGAGUCCGAGUACAUGAUCCCCUCAUCCCGGCCCGUUCUCCCUCCCAUCACUACCCCCUCUACUGCAGAAACUUCACCUGCCUCACGACUUCCACAACCUGUUCCACAGACCCAAGCAGCUACACUCAAUUCACGGAUUGCACUGGCAGAUUUGGAGGAUGGACCUCAAAUGUAUGAGGCUAUGUACAACAUUCAAGCCAAGUCUCAGCAAGCUACAGAUUCAGACUACUCUGAGUUGCCUCCCCUGGUGUUGACCAAUGGGCCCAGAGACCUGUCAUCUGAGGAAAGGGAAGAAGAUGAGAAUGGUUAUGACUAUCCCAAACCCAAAGUACCACUGCCCCCAACACGUCGCACCUUGUCAGAGUUGGGAGGAUCUUCAUCAUCAUCUUCUUCAUCUUCUUGCUCCUCUUCUGUAACUGCUUUUAGUCGCUUGUCUCUGGACUCAGAUGCUGGUGUUGGAUCCUUCACAGAAGCAGUGGAAGCACCAGAGAGACCCCCCAAGCCCUUACCAAGGCGAAUCAACUCAGAGCGUCGGCCGAGCCCUGUGCCCUCUGUGCCCCCUGUGUCCCUGGUCCCUGGCCCAUCCAGCAGCAGUGCUACGGGUGGAGAGGCCAACCCUCAGAUCAGCAGUGAGAUUGAGCUGCUCAUGAGUCAGGGCUACUCCUACCAGGACAUCCAGAAAGCACUGAUGAUUGCACAGAACAAUGUAGAAAUGGCCAAGAACAUCCUCCGUGAGUUUGUGUCCAUUCCCACAACUGCGCAUGUCCUCACAUAGCGCUGUGCCUCUCAUGCCUUGUUAGCUCAGCCUCAUUUGGCUUGUUGGGUGUAGGUUGGUAAGUCCAGCCACAGCACUGGCCUCGGUACAGACGGCCAUCUUCUCCCUGUGGAUUUUUUGUUGGCUAUUGCAGCAUCUCUGGGAUAUGUGCCCUGCACUCCAUGCGCUUUUUGAAACCAUUUGGCCUUUGUCACAGGCUCAGACAGGCCGUCUCUCUCUCCUACCUGGACAAAGUGAGUGAAUGUGGAACACUGUUGGGACACAAUGCAGUAACUCUCAGAAGAGGAACCCUUAUGUCAUGAAGCUUCUUGCUGAAAAUGUAACCAACACCUCACAAAAUAAAACUAAAAUGUUUGUCUAUAUGAAAAUUUAAUAUAUGAGUAAGUAUAUAUUAAAUGUAUGUAAUAUAUUCUGUCUGUACUUCAACAUUGUGUGAAAAUUGUUGCGGUUGGUACAGGCGAUUGUAGAAGGCACUUGUCUGACAGGUUACUGUCACAAGAGGUCCUCUCUGGAGGUCAUAUGGCUCUUCUCUGCAGGGCGUUUUUAUGAAGUCAGUUUUGGCUUUGAAAAAUGACGCUUGGGUACGAUGUUUUCUUGGAUUGUUUUGUCAUAUGGUAAAUUAAAAGUAGCAUGAUGGUGGUUGUAGUCUCAACUGUCCCUAGGCGGUUGUCUGUUUGACCCCUGACCUCUUCUUAAAGGACUCCUGUGAAUGUGGAGUGUGGUCAGUGUAGAACUGCCCUGACAGUGAGAUUCUUGGACUCACAGUUCAUUCGAGGUGUUAGGGGUGACUUGGUUUGACUUUGUCUCAGACUUGGUCUAAUAUGAAAUAAAUAGUUCAUUUAUUUACUUUAAUAUAUUAUUGUAAUAUGAUUGAAUAUGAUAUUGUUAUUACAAAAUAAUUCAGAAGUGCUUCACUGCUGCUACUAUUAUUAGUGCUAAACAAUUAAGCCUUAAAUGUACAUUUGUGAAUAUUCAGUUUAAUCGUCAUGUUCUUUAAAGUGACAGUAUCAUGGAUGAUUUUUUUUUUUCUUUGUUUUUUGUCUGUGAUGUAGCAUACUUGAAAGUCUACGCAGCUCAUGAGUCUGCAUCUCAAGCUGUUCUUCAGUAUUUUACCAUUUUAAGUUAAAAAAUAAAAUGUGUAUAGAAGAAUAGUGAAGAAUUUAAUACAUCAGCUAUGAAAAUAUUAUGUUCUUUUACCAUUUCAAGCUUUUUCUUUUUUCUCAGAGAGAAGUAGGCUUGUGGCUUUGCUGGCCCACCCCCAGGUCUACAUUUAAAUCAGUAUUUGGGCCCACUGUAAGAACCUAUCUCAGGAAUAAUAUUUAUGUAGUCAAAGUGGCGUUCACCCCAGCUGUUUAAACCCAAGAAAAACUCAUGCCCAUUCAGGGGACAUGUAGCCAAAAAGCUCCUCUUAUGAAGUCACACAAGUAGCCUGUAUUUUAUUUGCACAUAUUUUAACAUUGCAGGAGGAGAGACCGCAACUUUCAUUUCAGGUACUAUGAACACAAAGUGUAGUAAAGUAAGGUGCAGAGGUACGCCGACUUCUCCCAGCAUAUGAAGAAUGUUUUUGGGAGGAAAAUCACAACAUUUACCUAAUUUAUUUGAGUAGCUUUGUCUGAUGACUGAAAGCUAUCUUUUUCUGUCCGAGUUGCCUUGAGAACUUUAUGAAUGAUGGGUAAUGGCUGGGAUAUGUGUGGUCGUCAUACUGUACCAAUGUUUUGUAUUAUUUACUUAUUUCGCACAUAAUCCAGCCGUGUACUUUGAUACUGUCACUCUAAAGGAGCUCAGUUGUACAGUUAGUGGUUAAAAUUGCUGUUUUAUUUCAUUUGCAUUCCUGUAAAGGUAAUUUGUUCCAAAGGUUUUGUUUACUCUUGUGAAAAUCUCUGCGAGCAGUGCCAUAUUUUUGGAGAUCCUCAUCACAUCAGGUAGUGUUGAUGGGUGGGGGUUGUGCAGUAUUGCUUGUAAAUCCUGUCUUGUCAGUGAUGAACCAUGUUCAGUCUGUUUGAGGACAAGUGAAGGUGUGUGAAAGAUUUCUGCUCCCUCUGACCCGAGGAUGAGGCGGACUCAAAUCAGUGAGUUCUCAAGUACAUCACGUUGUGUGUAGCAAGACCCUGCACUGGGUCAUAUACCUCUCUGCCACUAGAGGGAGUGCUUAUUCCACAUAGUCGCGUUGCUUUGCAUCAGUAAAGGCAUUCAUUAACUUUUUGAUGUUUUUAAAGCCCAUAUCACUUUGGAAGUAUGCACAGUGCUGUUAAUAAAAUGUUAAGAAAA